CAUACCGGGCAAACAUUUGAAAGUGCGAAGAAAUUAAAUUUCCUGAUUUCUUUCCCAACUGGGUUUACUUCGGUGCAUGUCGUUCCAAAGAAAAAAUAUAGGUUUUUUCUGGCUGAAAAGUUUAAUAGGGUUAAUUCUAACAUGGUUUCCACAGCGAGUUCGUUUCAAAUUUACUACGAAUACCAAAAAGAGAUUUUGAACAGCUGCUUAUGUACUCGAAUUCAUUUAUUAAAAUUUUUCGUGAAAAUUUUCCAUAUAUAAAUGCAUGAAUAUGAAUAAUAAACGUUAUUCUCCUUUCGGUAUCUAAAAAGAUUAAAAAAAGACAAAGCGACAAUAUUCCCCUAAAAUUUUUUCGUUGACACGCUUUGAUCUUGCAAAAAUUGAUUGUUCUUUUGGCUAAUCCAAGGUUAUUCAAGGUCUAACUUUUUAAAUGGUAAAUCCAAGUUAUUCACAAAAAUUUCUACAAUAAAAUGUCUAAAUUAGCAAUAAUUUCCAAGAGGUUUCUCCAGAGAAGCAAUCUACCUAUAAUCCAACAACGUUACGAAAAACUGAGUGUCAUUAUUUCCAGAGAUUAUGAUUUAAUUGUAAUUGGCGGUGGCAUUGUAGGUGUUGCCUCCGCUAGAGAAAUUCUGCAACGCCAUCCUUAUCUGAGAGUGGCUAUUGUAGAGAAAGAAGCAAAACUGGCUGCUCAUCAAAGCGGGCAUAACUCAGGCGUUAUACAUGCGGGAAUAUAUUACAAACCGGGCACCUUAAAGGCCAAAUUAUGCGUUGAAGGCUUGCAUUUAACUUACGCUUACUUGGAUAAGAAAAAAAUACCAUAUAAAAAAUGUGGAAAACUUAUCGUUGCUACUGACAACGACGAAGUAAAAAGGCUUCUAGACUUAUAUGAACGAGGGAAGAAGAAUAAUGUACCACAUUUAACAUUGUUGCACAGUGAGGACGAAAUUCAAAAGAUUGAACCUUUCUGUCAAGGUCUCAAAGCUUUAUGGAGUCCCGAGACUGGUAUAGUAGAUUGGGCCCAGGUGACUCAGCAUUACGCUAUGGAUUUUAAGACGGCCGGCGGUGAUAUAUUUUGCAACUAUAAAGUUCAACAAUUUACAGAGACCAAAGGCGAAAAAAUAGCCGCGUACCCUAUUACUAUACAUGGUGGCCGCAAUCAUCAAAUUUUGCUCACAAAGAACGUACUAGCUUGCGGAGGCUUACAAUCUGAUCUGCUAGCUGAAAAAACUGGUUGCCCAAGAGAGCCAAGAAUAAUUCCUUUUAGAGGGGAGUAUCUCUUGUUAGCGAAGGAAAAACAACAUAUGAUCAAAGGCAAUAUUUACCCAGUACCUGACCCCCGUUUUCCCUUCCUAGGUGUUCAUUUCACGCCACGCAUGGAUGGUAGCGUUUGGUUAGGACCAAAUGCAGUUUUAGCGUUUAAAAGAGAGGGCUACAAAUGGAGCGACGUUAAUAUUUUUGAAUUGAUCGAUGCGUUACGUUACCCGGGGUUUAUUAAACUGGCAUCAAAAAAUUUUGGAUUUGGUCUUAAAGAAAUAAUUAAAUCUGCUUUUAUCAAUUUACAAAUGAAAGAUUUGCAAAAAUUUAUUCCCGAAAUUACAGAAUAUGACGUUUGUCGAGGGCCAGCUGGCGUUAGAGCUCAAGCCCUAAGUCUGACGGGCGAAUUGGUAGACGAUUUUGUAUUUGAUCAUGGCGCUGGUCGUAGUCCACUAGCGAAAAGGAUUCUCCACUGUCGUAAUGCUCCUUCACCGGGAGCCACUAGCAGUUUAGCAAUUGCAAAAAUGGUGGCUGAUAAAGUAGAACUUGAAUUUGGUAUUGGAAACAAGCACUGCAAUCGUACAAUAAAUUUAGGGUGAUCGCAACUCUGUACCGGCGAAAUUAUAUACGCCGCUGUGCAAAGUUUAGUUGGCUUAAAGCGUGUUUAUGACGUAGUAAUGCAGUUCACGCAGUUACAUACGCAACAUAAGAUGACCUUGGUAUUAUUGUGCAAAACAUAUAAUUUUUAUAUUAAGAUAUGUAUAUUCCCCGUACACUAAAAUUAAACAAAAAUUUAAUUCACUUCAA